GUCAACUAGAGACCAACCCGAAGUAUAUGAACAAUGAACCUCCUGUAAUACAGACUAACCAGACAUAUAAGCCUGUUCCUAAUCCCACAACCGAAACCAAUCAGAAGCGAGGUGACAUUUUUUAUUCAGAGGAGGAAAAGACUGAAAAGACAGGAAAUGAGGCUCCAGAGUUGGAAAGCGCAGAAGAUGACAUAAGGAGCAGCUCCACUACAGUAAAAGAAAGAAAGGCUUCGGAGGAGGACAAAGAAGAGCUUGAUGAUGAAAAGCACAAGCAUUCACUAGAGGUACAACUCAAUGAAAAGGACCAAAAACAGCACCAGCAAUCCUACACAGCUACACAGCAAAUAGAAACCACAUCAUCAGCUCCAGUCAAAGUGACCCCUUCACAAACACCACCCCGACUGCCUCCUCGUCCCCAGAAGAAAAGGAGGAAACAUCGUAACCGCAUAAGCAAGGCUGUCAUGAGGGCUUUGCUCAUGUAGCACUCAUAGAUGCAUCUAAGGCGCAGUACCUGUGCAGAAAGUUGCACUUUUCUUAAAUGAUGUCAUUUAUUCCUACUCGCCGUGGAUCCACAAGCUCUUGUACUAAUUCUUAUUUAGUAACCCCGUCUCUGGGAGAGCCUGUGUUUUGAAGCCGGUAAAUUUCCUGGGACCAGAACUACAACCCUCUUUAAUCUACCCCCAUAUUUACGCGAUGCUACUGAAGACGACAGCGGUAAGGGUGGCAGUGCAGAUCCUACUGUACCCACUCACAACUGCUGUUAUGUUUUCUUCUUCUGUCAAUCUCCUAACUGAAGACAUGAGGUGACAGUGUUGGACUGAAUAAUGAAUCAGGUCUUACAGCUCUAAUAAUAAAGUAUUAAUAAUUUCAGGGUGUAUAAAAGUGUUCUCGAACCAUGAUUUAAAAAGCUAUCUAAAACACUAGUCUGUAUAUUUCAGAAGAAAAAACUAUUUGUUUGAACAAAUCAAAUGGAAUUAAAAAUAAGAGUUUCUUGAAGCGAAAACACUGGUCUGUAGAAACUGUGAAAUAGAAGAAGUGGAUGCUGACUGAAAGAAAAUGCCAGGCUACAUAGAAACUGCUUAUAUGGAAACUGAAUCUGAU